GGGAUGGGAUCUUUUCCGCUUCAGCCUUCUACAGAAUUCCGAUUUAUUGACGAACUAAGUACCAUGGAAGGGCCUCUUUCGAUUCCGCAAAUUGCAUCUUUUUUGGCCGUUCUGUUUCUGCGUUUCAUCUACCGCAUCUUAUUUUGCUUCGUUUUCUUAUGCCUUACAUUUUCUGUUUAA